AAGAUGCUGAGCCGUCUGUCAGGGUUAGCAAGCACUGUGUUACAGGAGCUGUCAGGGGAGGAUGGAGAUGGAGAUGCAGCUGCUGAAUCCUCUGUUGCUGUCCAACCCCUAGAUCCAGAAGCUGAAAGCAUGGGGGAGGCACCUGAGGAGCUGCUGGAGCGCCUUGCCCAGACGGAAAAGCUCGUUGUGCAGCUGAAGGAUUUGAUCAGGGAAAAGGAUGCUCUGCUCCAGCAAAAAGAAACUGCUCUCAAGGAGGAGAAAGAGGCUGCAGAUGCUAAGCUGAUGAAGCUCAAACUUCAGGCCAAAGCCAAGCUGGCCUCUCUGAACAAACGCAUCGAGGAGCUGACAGAGAAAGGAUCUCCACUGCCUGCACAGAGCUCAUCAGGAGAACAAGUGUGUCUCAAGUGUCAGAACAACCAAACUACAAGUGAAGGACAUGGAGAGGAAGCCAAAGCACUAAGAGAGCAGCUCAAGGAGCAGGAAGAGACUGUUCAGGACCUGAGGGAACAGUUGACUGUAGCCAAAAGGAAUCUGGAAGAUGCUGAAAUGAAGUAUGCAGCACAGCUGAACUCCCUGCAGGAAGUGAUUCAAGAGAAGGAAGCUCUCCUGGAAGAGCAGGCUCACCACCACCAAGCUGAGCUGCUCAAGAUAGCAGCCCAGUCAGAUCUGGAAGUGGAGAUGCAGCAGAACCUGCGCACGCUUCAGAGGAAGCUGGAGGAGCAGGAGGCAGCUCUGCUGGGACGCACUCAGGUGAUGGAGCUGCUGCAGCAGGAACUGUACACAGCUGAACAGCAGAACAAGACGCUUCUUGAUCAGUGCCAGAAGAUGGAAGUGGACCUAAGCUCCCUGAGGGAUGUGCUAGAUGCAGAGAGACGAGAGUCUCAGGCUCUCAGAGAGAAGAUGGAGCUGGAGGUGGCUGAGAGGAAGCUGUCCUCCCAUCGCCUGCAGGAGGAGGUGCAGGGCCUCUCGGAACAGCUGCGAGAGGCAGGAAGAGCACAAGCUGAAUUAGAAGGGAAGUAUAAAGCCCUGGAGCAGGAACAAAGGCUGGAGGUGGAAGAGAAGAACCUGCAGAUCAGUUGUCUUCAGGUGGCUGAGCAAGAGCUGCAGUCUGGCCGCGCUGCCCUUGCAGCUGAGAACGAGCAGCUGAAGCAGGAGGUCGGCCGGCUGCUGGCCCUGGCUGCCCAGCACAGCCCUGCAGAUGAACCUGUGGAGAAACCUGAAGAAUUUGCCUGCUGUCAGCCUGAGCUGAAGUCCCACUCAGUGCAGGUCUCUGAUCUGAAGGCACAGGCUGAACCAGCUUCACAGGACAAAAGAACAGAUCAGGAAGAUGGGCAUGGGACUUUACUCCUACCCACAGAAAGCUUGGAAAGACAGGAGCCUGAAGGUGGUGUUGAUUAUCUUACCUACUUUAAUAGUCUCCAGCUAUUUAACCCUUAUCCUUCCCUAUCUUUUGAUGAUGAACUUGUCAGUGGUUACUGCUUCCUUGUAAGGAUAGAUGGAGUCUCUAAUGGAAGUGAGCAGUUCACUGAGGAAAGCUGUCCCCCUGGGAUUCUGGAGUAUCUUGCUGCAGAGAAGCAGAAAGAGCUGUCAGUAUUGCUGCUGGAGCUGAAAGAAGCCCAAGAAGAAAUAACUUUUCUGAAGAGCCAGCUCAAGGGCCCAAACAGCCAAACUUCUGCAGGCAGCCAAACAGGAGAAGCAUCUAACCAGCUGGGAGAUCAUUCCCAGAUAUGGCCCCUUCAGAGUGAUGAGCAAAAGGCUUCAGAUGCACAAAGUGAGUUGAGCAGCAGCACUAUGGCCUGCAGAGGGGAGAUGGAGGCAACGCAGGAAGUGUCUACAAGAGAUCCAGAGCUCAGCACCUUGCAAUCUGAAGAAGUGCUCAGGUUACAAAAGCAAAUUACAGAGCUGCAAAGAGCUCUGCAGACAUCAGAAGAAUCCUAUGGGAAAGAUCUAGGAGAAAAAGGUGCAGAAAUCAACAGGCUGAGCCAGCUGGCUGAGGAAUACAGGAGGAAAAUAGAGGAGUGUGACAGAGCCUUUUGUGCUCUGACUGAAGAAAGGGAUCAGCUGCUGUGUCAGGUGAAGGAACUUCCUACCAUCACAGAACUGCAAGAGCAAGUCAAGCAACUUGAGGAGGACCUAGCUUUGUCAGAAAAGCAGAGACUGUCAGACAGUGAGAGCAGUCUUCUGAGAGAACAAAUCCAGAGCCUUAAAAAUGAGUUUAAAUCCAAGGAGGUAAAAAUCGAAGCUUUGCAAAAAGAUUUGGACGAAGCUCAGUUUCAGCUUUCUGACCAGGAUGUGCAACUAAAAGAUCUGCAAAGCCAGAUUGAGAGGAAGGAAUGUGAAGUGCUUGACCUACAAGAGCUGUUGAGGAAGAAUGCAGAUGCCACGGAAGUGCUUUCACAACAUUUAACCUCCAAGGGCCACGAAGCAGCAAAUCUAGAGCAGCUUGUGGCCAAAUACACCAGGACUAUCAAGAGCCUGCAAAAAUCCUUGCUGGAGAAGGACCGACAGAUGACAGAGAUCAGUGUCAGCAUGUCUGAGAAAAUGGUCCUGCUGAGUGAAGAGAAAUUUUCUCUGGGAAAUGAGCUGAAGAGUCUUAGAGAGCAAACAAGCCUGUUACUAAAAGCUCAGGAAGAGAGAAGCCAACACCUAGAAGCAAAAGAUCCUUGCCUGAAGGUUGGAGCCUCUGAACAGCAGUCUGAGACGGGGGCAGCAUGUCAAGAAAGUGAGGCAUUGGUAAAUAAACUUGAAUGUCUUCAAAAGGAGAAUAAGCAAGUCAAGAGGAAGCUGCAAGCAGCCCUUGUGAACAGGAAAGAGCUUCUGAAGAAGGUGAGCAAGUUGGAGGGUGAAUUAGGACAGCUGAGGAGAGACCGCGAGUCAGAAAACACGGUGGCUCGGGAAGACGAGGGGGAUGAAAAUGUGCCUGGUGUGAUGAGCAGAGAAGUGGCUCUGGAAUGCCAGCCCAGUGAGGAGCAGCUCACCCAGCUGCUCUCUGAGAAGGAGUCUGAGUUGCAGAGCCUCCAGAAGAAGCUGCUGGAUAAAGAAGCUACCGAAGCACAACUGCAGGCGGUGAUUGAGGAGAUGAGGCAAAGCUUGCAAGGUGAGGCAGCCACUGCUUCAGCUAAAGGUGAAGUCAGGGAGGGUCAGACCCUUGCUGACAAAGUAACUGAGACCAAUGAAAGCCCAGAAGAUUCUGAAGCAAAGGAAGAAAGUGGUUCAGCAGAAGACUGGCAAAAAUCUGCUCUGAAAGAGAGAAUUUCAGCUCUUGAACAAGAAAAGGAACAGCUUCAGAAAAAACUCCAGGAAGCUCUGUUGUCUCGGAAAGACACCAUCAAAAAGGCUCAGGAGAAAGACAGACACCACAGGGAGCAGCUGAAACAGCAGAAAGAUGACUACAACAUCCUACAGGACCAGUUUGAUAAGCAAAGCAAAGAGAAGGAGAGCAUCCAAGCUCAGCUCAGGCAACUCCUAGAACAGAAAGGAUCACCAGAGAGCAUCCUUGGGAGGCAGGGUGGUUUGGAUUCCUCAUGCCUGGAAGCAGAAGGCAGAGCAGAUAGCAAGGCUGUGCAAGUUGCAGAUGGUUCUGGGGAGGAGUUGAAGGAGACACUGGAAAAGGUGCAGAUGGAGAAAGAGGAGCUGGAAUAUCACAUCAGCCACAUGCAAAGUGAGCUUGCUUCUAAAUCAGAGCUUGUCUUUCAUUUGCAAGAGCACGUAGCACAGUUGUUUGCGGAGAUAGAAGGGCUGAAGAGGACCUCUGAGCAAGCUGAAGCUAAGGUGGCAAGUCUUCAGACAGAGCUGGAGGAAAAGCAGGCCAAAAUUUCUAGAGAGGAUGGUCUGGAAGACUUGAAAACACUUCUACACAAAAAGGAUGAGGAAAUGGAAUUUCUUGACUUGCAGCUAAAGGAGAAAAGUGAAGCUCUAAGUAAGGUGCAGGCAGAGGUGCUAGAAAAAGAGGAUUCAGUGCAGAGGCUCUGGAGUCAGUUGGAAGCUCAGGCUCAGGCACAUGAGGAGCAAAGCAAACGGCUGCAGGCAGAGCUGCUGGAAGUUCAGGAGAAGCAAGAUGAUGGUGCAGAAGCAGCCAAACAGAAGAAUCAGCUGCAGAGAAAGUUGCAAGCUGCACUUAUCUCUAGAAAAGAGGCCCUGAAGGAGAGUAAAUCUCUGAAGGAGGAGCUGGCUAAUGCUAAAACUACUAUUGAAGGUCUUGCUGUCAAGUUGGCCAGUGUGGAAAGCCAGCUAGGUGAACACGUUCGAGAAGGAGCUGCCUUAGCAGCAAAGGUGGCAGAGCUCACUGAAGAGGGAGAGAAACUUACUGCAGGGCUUGAUAAAGCCCGGAGAGAAAAGCAGGAUCUGGAGGGAUGCUGUCAAAACCUGACCCUCAGCCUAGACAGAGUUGUGCUGGAGAAGGAGAAGCUGGAGAAGGAGAUGGAAUCCUUGCAGAGCUUGCAAGCCACUGAGAGGUCUGAGUGGCAGGAGAAACACAGGGAGCAGCAGAAGGAGUACGAGACCCUGCUGCAGUCCUAUGAGAACGUGAGCGACCAGGCCGAGCGCAUCCAGCGCGUCUUGGAGGCUGCCAGGCAGGAGAAGCAGGAGGUUUUCCUUAGGCUUAAAAGUGUGGAAGCAGAAAAAGAGGAGGCACACAAGCAGCUGCAGGAAGCUGGGGAGGAAAUUGAUGGAAUGAAGGAGAAAAUGAGGAAAUUUGCAAAAUCAAAGCAACAAAAAAUCCUGGAACUAGAAGAGGAGAAUGAGAAGCUUAGGGCAGAGAUACAGUUAAAGGAUGGAGAGCUGCAUGGGACUGGAGAUGUUGCACCAAAUACUAACCUGAAAGAAGAUCUGGAGAACUCCAGGAGGGAUUGCCAGUCUCUCUCUACUAAGCUUGAGACAGUUAUGGCUGAAAAGGAGUCUCUUAACCAAGAGAUCACAGACUUAAAGUGUCUGCUGCAGGUAACAGAAUCCAAACUGAAGGAAAGCAGAGAACUGGUGGACAAAUAUGCUGCUCAGAAGACAACAGGGGAAGAAACAAAUCAGGCAGUUGCCACACCACCACCAAUGGAGAGGACUGAAGAUCAAGUAGACUUAGGUUUGAGGCCAGACUCUCUUGCUGCAGAGCUGAAACAAAAAGCUUUUGAAGAUGGGAGCCCUCGUGAAGACCUUGGUACCUACAUACAGCAGAUAGCUAAGCUCACAGAGCGAAUUACAGAGCUAGAAGGUAACAGGAAGGCUUCAGAGCAAGAGCUGGGUGACAUCCACAAGUGUGUUGAGACUUUAGCAGCUGAGAAGAGGGCUUUGGAGACCCAAAUGGAAGAGAAAGUCCGUGAGUUGAAUGCUCUUCAGGACACGGUAGCACAGAUGGAACAAACAGUCCAAAGAACCAAAGCUGAGCUGGUUGGGAUGACAGAACUGAAGGACAGGCUGGAGGCUGAGAAGGAUGACUUGGAAGAGAGGCUGAUGAAUCAGCUGGCAGAACUCAAUGGGAGUAUUGGAAACUAUCAGCAAGAUGCAACAGACUUCCAGCUCCAAAAUGAGCAACUGAAGCGCGAGCUUCAGCGUGUGCAGAAGAUGAUGCGUGAGCUGGAGGAGGAGAAAUGCCAGAUGGCAAAGGAGAGCAGCAAAGCAAGUUCAGAAAGGCAGAAGGAAUUGGUAGAGAAGCUAAAAUGCAGUUGGAGGGGGGAGAGCAGCGUGCAGGUGAAGGAGCUUCAGGAGCUGCUGAAGCAGAAGCAGCAGGAGAUUAAACAGCUGCAGAAGGACUGUAUUAAAAGCCAGGAAAAGAACAGUAGCUUGGAAAGAACUGUUAAAGCCCUGGAAUUUCUGCAGAGUGAGUCUCAGAAAGAGGUAGAAGCAGCCAAGGAGGCCUUGGCUAAAGCAGUUGAAGACACCAAGAAAGCCCAGGCAGAGCUUGCUCUCUGCAGGGUAGUGUUGGAUGACACCCAGAGCGAGGCAGCAAGGGUUGUAGCAGAGAGUGUCAAAGUGAAAGAAGAGCUGCAGGCAAACAAAGAGAACAGCAGAAUUCAGAUGAAGAAAAAAGAUGAGGACUUGGAGAGAAGGCUGGAGCAGGAAAAAGGCAAGCACUCAAAGGAAAUUCAGAACAUGGAAGAGAAGCUGGCAGCUCUGCAGAGGGAGAAGGAGCUUGUGGAAAGAACUGUUGGUGAUCUGCAAGCCACCUUGAAGACAAAGGAUCAAGAAGCCAAGCAAUUGGAAGGCAGCCUCAACAAAACCUUAGCCCAGCUCGCAGCCUUCACCAGGAGCAUGUCAUCCCUUCAGGAUGACAGGGACAGAGUGCUAGAUGAGGCCAAAACAUGGGAGAGGAAGUUUGCUGAAGCCAUUCAAAAGAAGGAAGAAGAAAUCCGCCUCAAAGAGGAGACCUGUGCUGAGCUGGAGGACCAGGUGAAGCAGGGCACCGCACGAGUGGAAGAACUUCAGGCUCAUAUAUCCAGGCUGGAACGUAACAAAGAAGAGUGGGAGUCUGAAUCCAGGAAGGAGAUUGAUCAUCAUCAGAAGACAUGUGAAAUGCUGCAGCAGGAAAGAAAGGAGCUUUUGUCUCAGGUGGAAGAGGCUCAGAAACUGUACAGUGAGUCUCAGAAUGAGCAACAGAAGCUGGAGUCAGAAAUCAGCAGCCUGAGAGGUCAGCUGGCUGACUUACAGAACUCCUUGACCCGGUGUGAGUUGGUCAGAGAAGAGCUGGGGACUGUGGUCAAGCAGCAAGAGACCAGCAUCCAGAAUUUUAAAUUGAGCUGUGAACAGCUUGAGGCUGAUCUGCAAGCUUCUAAGGCCCUAACAAAUAAGCUGCACGAAGAAACCAGCGCCAAAGAUCAGAAGAUUAUGAGUCUGCUGUCUGCCAAGGAGGAAGCUGUUGUGGCUGCUCUGGCUGAACUGCAGCAGCAACACUCCGAAGGGAUGAGGGAGCUGGAGCUUAGCUUGAGUAAGAAGGAAGAGGAUCAAAAAGCUCUGGAAAAUGAGAAGAACAAACUUCUUGACAAGCUGGAUCGCCUCACCGAAAAGAUGAAGAUGAGCAGAGAAGAAAGCAAGCAGCAGAAGGCCCAGCUGGACUCCUUCACCAAGUCCAUGUCGUCGCUGCAAGACGACCGAGACCGAGUGCUGAGGGACUACAGGCAGCUGGAGGAACGACACCUGCUCAGCAGCUUGGAGAAAGACCAAAUCAUCCAGGAGAGUGCUGCUGAAAACAACAAGCUGAAGGAGGAGAUCAGAGGCUUCCACAGCCAGAUGGAUGACCUGAACUCUGAGAACGCCAAGCUGAACGCAGAGCUGGUGAGGUACCGAGAAGACCUCAACCAGGUCAUCUCAAUAAAGGAUUCCCAGCAGAAGCAGCUUCUCAAAGCACAGCUUCAGCGGAUCCAGGCUCUGGAAAAGGAGAAGGCGGCGGUAGAAGCGCAACUGAGAGAGUCCCAGCGUGCUCAGGAUGAGCUCAGGAGGUCCAUGGAAGCCUUGCAAGAGGAUAAAGCUGGCAUGUCUGAAGAGAUCGAAAGCCUGAAGUCGUCUGUGUCUCGGGUGCAGAGCGAGAUGACGGCGUUGCGCGAGGGGAGUGCGAUCGCGGAGUGCCAAGCACAGCUGAGGACCCGAGAAGAAGAGGCAGAAGCACUGAGCCAUCAGCUCUCCCUCUCACACCAGAGGAUAGCAGAACUCGAGGAGGAGCUGGUCUGUGUGCAGAGGGAUGCGGCCAAGAGAGUGGGAGAGGCUGAGGACAGGCUGAGGAAGGAACUGAAGCACCUCCAUCACGAUGCAGGGAUAAUGAGGAACGAAACAGAGACGGCAGAGGAGAGGGUAGCAGAGCUGGCACGGGAUUUGAUGGAGAUGGAGCAGAAACUUCUUGCAGUCACAGAUGAAAACAAAGAGCUCCGAGCUCAAAUUCAGUCUUUUGGGAAGUCCAUGAGCUCUCUUCAGGAUAGCAGGGACCAGGCCCAUGAAGAGCUUCAUGCUUUGAAACAGAAAUACUCUGCAGACUUGGAGGAACAGCAGACUCUGGUGCAGAAUCUGCAGGAGCAGGUGGCCCAGCUGCAAGAGGAGCAAGAUUCCACUGCCAGGGACCGAGACACGGCGAGGGCUGAGCUGACGCAGCUGCAGAAAGCCACCGAGGAAAGAGGUCUCUGGGCCCAGAUCGAGAAGCUUAACGAGAAGCUCAGAGGCAAGGAUGAGGAACUUCUGCGUCUGUCUGCAGAGCUGGAAGGUUCUUCCAAGCAAGUCAAGUCUUUCUCCAAGGCUAUGGCAAGCCUGCAGAACGAGCGAGAGCGUCUCCUGGAGGAGCUGGGCAAAGCCCAGAAGGUCGAAGAGGUGAAACAGCAGCAAGCAGAAGGGAGCCUUUCCAGCACUCCUUCAGAAGUGCAGAGCCUUAAGAAUGCCCUCUCCUCCUUGCAGAAUGACAGAGACAGAGUAGUGAGGGAGCUGAAGAACCUGCAGCAGCAAUACAUCCUGGUGGGGGUGGAAUCAGCUGAAAACUCUCGAUUAAAAGCACAGCUGCAGGAGUUUCAGCAGGAGGCAGAUCAACACCAUCAUCUCCAGCAGCAGCUAAAGCAAGAAAACCUUUUGUACCAGCAGGAGCUCCAGCAGCUUAGACAAGAGAAGACCACCUGGGAGAAGCAGAACAGCAGCCUCAAGGAGCAGUACCUGACGGUCAUAGCUGAAAAAGACAAACAGCUGAGCCAUCUACAAAAGAUCACCCAAGAAAUGAGGCUGCCCCUCAGCAAGUCCCAGGUGGUAGAGGAGCAGUACCAGACAAAGGUUCCUUCAGAAGUUCUCAGGGGGGACUUUUCAAGCCCAGAAACAGAGACAAAACAUCUGCAGGCCCAGCUAAGUGACUGCCUGAAAGAACUGCACCAAAAAGAGCUCAGAAUCCAGCAGUUAAACAGCAAGCUCUCUCAGGUCUUUGAGGAGAAAAAUGCCCUCUCCCUGCAGCUGCGUGGGAGCAGCAGGAGCAUCUGUGAGAGCCAUCAGCACUACGAAGAGGUCAUGGACCGCUGGCUGGAGCUGGAGAGGCAGCUCCAGGAGCUGCAGUCUGCUGGCAAGGGUGUGGAGCUGUUUGCAACAGAUGCAGCUCCAGGAGCACCCCAAGAAAAGAAUGAGCCUCAGAGAGGCAGUUACACACCAGAACUGCAGGAGCUGCAGCUGAGGCUGUCUGAAACAGAACACUUGCACAGCAGCACGAAGCAGGACAUGAGGUACUUGGAGGAGCAGCUGGAGGAGGAACGGGAGCGGCGCCUUGCUGUGGAGGAGGCUCUCUCUGCAGCACAGGAGCAGAUCAGGAGGUUGCAGUCAAGUGAGUGGACAUCUUCCUCAAGUGCUAGCAUUGAUAUGACCUCAGGUCAUGAGCAUUCCUUGCUGAUUGAUUCCACAGAUCAUGACUUCAGCAGGACGCGGCAUACCCUUGGCCUACGACGCCUGCUCCGCUCCCUCUUCCGUUCCAGGACCCACUUGCCUCUGCUGGUGGCCAUGUAUCUACUUGCUCUCCACAUUCUGCUCUUCCUGUGCUUCACAGGCCAUCUCUGAGGAGAGGGAGCAGCCUUUUUCCUCAGGGCUCAGCCCUCUGUGUAGUGAGGUCCUGCUUUUUCCCACUUCACCCAGCUGCCUUCUUAUCCCAGCUCAGCCCUUGAGGAGCAGCAGCUCACGCCCGGGUUGUUUGCUGUCCAAGCCUGCAGCAGCCAAGUGCUGGUUUUGCUCCCUGGUUCAGUGCUGUUUGAAAUCCAUAUCCCAAGGAAGCUGCACACACUUUGAAGCAACACAACUUGAAUUUCAAAGUAGAGUUUCCAGCUCAGUUGGCAUCUCCUGUUUGAAGAAAGGCCAAAACUGGGUGUUCCAUUGAGAAACUCUCACUUCUGCCCAGCCAAGCCUGUAAAAUGUUGGCAGUUUAGCUGCUGAAAAAGAAAAGGAACCAAACUUUUCACCUCUAAGUUAAUAAUAAUAGUGCUGGCUCUAGCCUCUGUGCACCUCUCACCAUGAAAGGUGAAACAAGAGCAGCCAGACUCCUUCAUUCCUGUCUGCUGAACCCUUGACACCAACAUUAAACCUGCACAGGCUGGGCUGAAGGGUCCCACAAUGUGGUGUGUGGACCAAAUCAGAAUGGUUUGGGUUGUAAGGCACCUCCAAAGCUCAUCCAAGUCCAACCCCCCUGCAAUCAGCAAGGACAUCCUCCACUAGAGCAGGUUGCUCAGAGCCCUGUCGAGCCUCACCUUG